CCCUCCCUAAUCCAUAUCAUUUCAACUGAUCCACAGAGCAAUGGCAACCGUUGAGCUUUUCCUUCUCGUUUCCCUUUCUCUUCUUAUCAUUUCCACAACUUCCAGGACCAUCCAUUCCAGCCAUCCAUCUUCUGCCCCACAUGGCCAUGUUUUGAACGGCCUGGAUGCAACCGACUUCACCUAUGUUUGUAAUCCGGAAUGGUUUACUUCAUUGGGCCUUGACAUGAAGGCAUUUCGGUUCUGCGAAAAAUCGCAGCCGUUUGAUGCUCGGGCCAAGGACUUGGUUGAUAGUAUGACGCUUGCUGAAAAGGUGGCCCAGCUUGGAAACAAAGCGUACGGUGUGCCGAGGCUGGGCCUACCCAAGUAUGAAUGGUGGUCAGAGGCUCUGCAUGGUGUGUCCAAUGUGGGGCCCGGUACUCGGUUCGACAACACAUCAGUGCCAGCGGCCACAAGCUUUCCUACAGUUAUUCUAACGGCAGCAUCAUUCAACACUUUUUUAUGGAAAAGCAUAGGAAAUGCUGUUUCAACAGAGGCAAGGGCCAUGUACAAUCUAGGGUUAGCUGGAUUGACAUUUUGGAGCCCUAACAUCAACGUAGUUAGAGACCCAAGAUGGGGAAGGAUCACAGAGACACCCGGAGAAGAUCCGUACGUGGUGGGCCUCUACGCCGUUAACUACGUCAGGGGACUGCAGGAUGUGGAGGGCCAUGAAGAUGCCGACGACUUGAAUUCUAGACCGUUGAAAGUCGCUGCAUGCUGUAAGCAUUAUGCAGCUUAUGAUGUUGAUAACUGGCAAGGCGUGGAUCGCUACCAUUUCGAUGCAAGGGUAACGGAGCAAGAUAUGGCGGAGACAUUCCUUCGUCCCUUCGAGAUGUGUGUGAGGGAAGGUGAUGUCAGCAGCGUCAUGUGUUCAUACAACCGUGUGAACGGAAUCCCUACGUGCGCGGAUCCAAAGCUCUUGUCAGAGACCAUCAGAGGAGAAUGGGAUCUUCACGGGUACAUUGUCUCCGAUUGCGAUUCCAUCGAGGUCAUCCAUCACGGUCACAAAUGGCUAGAUGAUACUGAAGAGGACGCGGUCGCACAAGUUCUCCGAGCUGGGUUGGAUUUAGACUGUGGAAUUUACUACACCAAUUUCACACUACCAGCAAUCGAGCAAGGGAAAGCUCGAGAGGCUGACGUGGAUAAAGCAUUGAAGAAUCUUUACGUGGUUUUGAUGAGGCUUGGAUUCUUCGAUGGGAACCCUGCUUACGUGUCACUUGGAAAGGACGACGUGUGUACUAAGGACAGCAUUGAUUUGGCUGCUGAGUCAGCUCGUCAAGGAAUCGUUCUACUCGAGAACGUCAAUAACACCUUGCCUUUGAGCAACGCUCGGUAUAAAAAACUGGCUGUGGUGGGGCCCCAUGCAAAUGCUACUACGGUCAUGAUUGGAAAUUACGCAGGCGUUCCGUGCCGGUACGUUUCACCGUUGGACGGCUUCUCCGCCUACGCAACCGUUGACUACCAUAUGGGGUGUGCUGACGUGGCAUGCAAGAACGACACCUUCAUUCAUCAUGCCGUGCAAGCAUCUAAGAGAGCUGAUGCUACCAUCAUUCUUGUUGGAUUGGAUCUGUCCAUCGAGGCAGAGAGCCUUGAUCGGACGGAUCUCCUCCUUCCAGGCUACCAAACUCAACUGAUCACACAGAUCUCCAAUGUUGCGGUGGGCCCCAUCAUUCUUGUGAUCCUGUCCGCAGGAUGCGUGGAUAUCUCCUUCGCUAAGAACAACCCCAAAAUCAGCACCAUCAUGUGGGCCGGAUACCCCGGCCAAGAAGGAGGACGGGCCAUCGCAGACGUUGUCUUUGGACAACACAAUCCAAGUGGGAGACUACCGAUUACAUGGUACACCGCGGACUACGUAGACAAGCUUCCAAUGACAUCCAUGCAACUUAGACCCGUCGACGAAUUCGGCUACCCGGGUCGAACCUAUAAAUUCUUCAAUGGUUCGACGGUCUACCCAUUCGGAUACGGCCUCAGCUACACUCAGUUCAACUACACACUAAAAUCCACUCAAAGGUCUCUCGUAACGAAACUGGUUCCAGGUCAGCAUUGCCACGACCUCACCCACAAGUCUGACGUGUACGUGCCACCAUGCCCAGCCGUGCUGGUCGACGAUCUCAAAUGCAAUGAGGUGAUUAGCUUAGAAGUCGAAGUGAAGAACGUUGGACCGAGAGAUGGGGCCCAUGUCGUGAUGGUCUACUUCAUUCCUACUUCUGAUUACGUGGGCCUUCCGUCUAAGCAACUGGUCGGGUUUGAGAGGGUGUUUGUGGCUAAGGGUGGGACGAAGACGGUUAAGUUCGUGCUCGAUGCAUGUAAGAGCUUCAGUGUUGUGACUGACUCGGCUUAUGUUGUUUUGCCGUAUGGACGGCACACUAUCAUGGUUGGAGAUGGAGAUGGAGCUAUCUCUUUUCCUUUUGAUCUCAGCUUUCAUUAUUAG